AGUGACACCGCCACGCCGACACUGAAGCCUAACUUCGUCCCUGCCCUGUUCCUCUUGCUCCUUCUAAAUCCUUCCCCUUUCGCCAAUCCCGGAGCGGAACCUUUUUAAAAUUCUUUCCAGUUGAGUCGUGGGACAAAUUUCGUCAACACAAUCCGGAGUGGUUAACAUGGCGGCCGCGAUGAGAUGCCUUGGCAGGGUCUUGACACGUAACCAAAGGCAUAGCCUUUCCAGGAUGAUUCAUCAGACAUCUCUUUAUCCUUGUUCUGUAAACAUUCAGGUGCCUAUCAGACAUUUUGCUGCUGCUUCUACAAAGCCUGCAAAGAAAGCCAAAAAAGGUGCCAAAGAAAAAACAUCAGAUGAAAAGAUAGAUGAGAUAGAAAAAAUAAAGUCAUACCCAGUCAUGGAAGGUGAACCUGAGGAUGAUGUCUAUUUAAAGCGCUUGUACCCAAGGCAGAUUUAUGAGGUGGAGAAAGCUAUUCACUUACUUAAGAAGUUUCAAAUUUUGGACUUUACUAAUCCAAAACAAUGGGUUUUUCUUAAUUUGACACUGGAUAUGGCAUUGGGGAAAAAGAAAAGAGUGGAACCAUUUGCCAGCGUUAUUAGUUUUCCAUAUCCAUUUUCUUCAGAAGUCAAUAAAGUUGCUGUAUUAACAGGGAAUGCAUCAGAGAUUGAAAUAGCAAAAGGACAAGGAGCUGCAUUUACAGGAGGAGCUGAUCUGAUUCAGAAGAUUUUAGAUGAUGAAAUUCAUGCAGACUUUUAUGUAGCUGUUCCAGAAAUAAUGCCUGAUCUUAAUCCAUUAAAGAAGAAACUGAAAAAAAGAUUUCCAAAGCUCAGUAGAAAUUCCAUUGGCCAUGACAUUCCUAAAAUGCUUACAUUAUUUAAAAAUGGACAUGAAAUUAAGGUAGCUGAAGAACGGGAGAACUUUCUUACCACCAAAAUAGCAACAUUGGAUAUGUCAAGUGACCAGAUAGCUGCUAAUCUCCAGACAGUUAUUAAUGAAGUCUGCAGGCACAGACCAUUGAAUCUGGGUCCCUUUGUGGUACGUGCUUUCCUUCGUAGUUCAACAAGUGAAGGUUUACUAUUAAAGAUUGAUCCAUUAUUGCCUAAAGUAGAAACUGAAGAAAAUAAAGAAGCUACCUAAAAGUGAUGAAUUGUGAAAUUAAUUUGAAUGGAUUAAGAAGCAGCAGAGAAAAUUAUAAAACGGCAUAAUUUCUA